AUGGAAGGAUUUGUUGAUACAAAUUUUAUUAAUCACAUUGAUCGAUUUAAUAUUAAGAAAGUAGUUAUUGAGUUUGAUAAACAAGAAAUAUUAGAAUCAGUCAUCAAAAAUAAAGAACUUCUCAAAAGAAUUACAUUUUGUUACAAAGAAUGUUAUAAUAAUAUGUCUAAUAGUGUUAUUAUUCAUAAUAAACAAUUAAUUAAUGAGUUUGAAAUAACAGAAAAAGGAUUUAACAAUGAAAUAUUAAUUCAAUAUUAUCCUGAGCAUAUUAAAAUAAAUGGAUUUAGUAAAAAGAAGAUUAAAAUGGAUUUUAGUUCAUAUACAUUCAUAAAAUCAAUCAAAUCAACAAAUUCUUCAAUUAUUUUAAUCCACCAAUAA